UGGACGAGCCGGGCCGCGCGGGCUUCGCCUCGGAGUCCAAGGUGUAAGGGACCCCGCUCGGGGCGCGGAUGCCGGGCGCCCCCUGUCCCCAGCGCCCCUGCGCCCCGCGGGUCGACCCUGAAUGGCUUCCCAGGGGAAAGAGGAGAGCUCUGUUUACUCAAGACCGAAAGCAGGUGAACUCGAAGCCCACAAACCUCGUCUGAGUCCAAGACAAACAGAAAAGCCACGGACCGUUGCACGAAAAGGAAAGUUUGAGGAGCGGUUGGGAGAGUGGCUUGCUGAUUUUUCUUGGGUUCUUUUCUGUGUGUGGUCCUGCCCCUAUUCUUGUGUGUGUGUGAUGCAUCUUUAGAUUUUUCUCCAGGUGGGUUUUGACACUUUCUGCAAAGACCCCAUUGGAAACUGGGCGGGUAGGGAAAGGGAGAUAAGCCUAUCAGUUUGGCUUCCAUCCCAUUCCGGGGAACAGGAGCGGUCAAACGGGGGCGAGGGGGAAGGGUGGCAAUCUAUCGGGACGUGUUUCUUUUUGCUUUCCAGAGAAAUUGCAUUUUAAUUCCGGAGUAAUGAUUUCUCCUGUUCUUAAAGCAAAGGGAAAGGAUGGAGGCAAAACAAUCUGGUUUCAAGCAACUUUUAAACUAUUCUUAGAACAAGCUUCACCUUGCUUUCCUUCUGUAGGGCAAACCCCUGCACCUGCGCGCCUCGGUGGUCCUGCUGAGGGUUUUCUACCUCACCCUGUGCAUAUUGCACAGCAAGAUAGAAAGACUUGUUUAUAUUAAACAGCUUAUUUAUGUAUCAAUAUUAGUCGGAAGGACCAGGCGCUGAGCCUCUCUCUGUGACAUGUGACUCUGUCAAUUGAAGACAGGACAGGAAAAAAAAAAAAAAAAGGAAACAGCUCAGAUAACUGCACAUGUGCGUAAAAACAAAAAACAAAACACACUAAACAGGAGUGGUUCCCAAUGCCAUUUUUGCACAGUGUUAGGAAUUGUAAAGUCCACAGAUGUUACUUGCACAAAAAGAAAUUCAAUAUUUUUAAAGGGGUGGGAAGGGGGCAGAUCUUAAAAACUAAAAUAAAAUUCAAAUUCAGCUUCUGUUGUCUAUUACGUUAUUGCGCUAAUGAUUUAUUGGGGAAAUACCUUUUUAUACUCUUUUAUCAUGGUACUGUAACUAUCCGUAUUAUAAAUAUAAUUAUCUUAUGGAUUUUUUUAUUAUUUUUUUAUGUCCAAGUGCCCAUGUGAGUCUGCUGGUAAAGUUUAGCACUUGUGUGUAAAUUCUAUUUCCUCUUGUAUGUUUUACCAAGUAUUUUUACUCUGGUGCAACUAACUACUGUGUGAGGAAUUGGUCCAUGUGCAAUAAAUACCAAUGAAGCACAA